CGACAAUCAAAAGCAAGAGUUGGAUCCUAUCAAACUUACUAUCUGAAAUACACUGGGAGAAUUCACUUGACAAAGAAGAGUCUGAUACAUAUUUCUGAACCUAACUACGUAUUCAACCAACUGAGGCACACAUUGUGAUAAUAUUAAGAUACCGAAGAAACAUAGUCGGGAAGUAUGGAGUGGUGCGUUUUAGCGCUCAUCUUGUGCAUGAUCUCUUCAAUCCGAGCAGAUUGCACUUCCCAGUGUUUAAGCUGCGCCCAACAGAUCCCCAAUUCGGAAGUGUCCAUCAACAGCCUGACUUGCACUUUAGAGUGCGAAGGGACCCUUUCCUCCACAGUAGAAUUAGAUAAAUGCGAGAAGGCUUUAGAGUUAUUUUCCGCCGGUCAGGGGGGGUUCAACGACAGAAACGAGCAACCGCCCAGCGCGUCUGAGACUGGAGACCAGCAGGAAACUUCCAUUGCUAAUGUGGUCAAGCGUUACGGUGGAUUCAUUAAGAGGAUCGAGAAAAACAAAAAAAUAAAUUCUCCCUCGCGUGAAAAUGCUUACCUGAAAGGCAUGUUUGCCAAAAAAUACGGGAAUUCGCUGAGAAAAUUUUGGGAAAGAGACAUCCCGGAGCUUUUGCAGGACACCCAGCGCGGAGAUCGUUCUUCGGAGGACGAGGCCGCGAUCUACGACGACGACACGGCCAUCAACGAAGAGAAACGGUACGGAGGUUUCUUGAGAAAAUUUGGCCCAAAGAGAAGUGACUCCGGAGAGGAAGGUGGCCAAGAAGAGUUACAAAAACGUUACGGAGGUUUCAUGCGGAGGAUUCGACCAAAACUCAAAUGGGACAAUCAGAAAAGAUAUGGGGGGUUUUUACGGCGUCAUUUCAAAGUAUCAGUUCGAUCAGAGGAAGAACCCUCCUCCUACGAAAAUUUUGACCUAUAGAUCAUGAUCGGAACCGUUGAUUUCAGACUGAAGGAACUUACUAUUGCAGACACACCGGAAUCCUCACUAUACCCGUUAACUCGUAGGCUAUUUGUGCAUUUUGCUUAACAGACCGAGGUCCAAGAAGUUUCCGCAGGGCGUAAUUGUAGAAUAUCUGCUUAUGUCAGUUCUGUCUUGAUGCAUAUUGUGAGACGGACUAAAAGAGACUUUUCCUUUGUAUAAAUAAAUGACGAAUGUAUAAUUCAUGUCCGCUGAAAUAUUAUUUAUUAGUCUAUACAAUCAAGUAUGCUUGUUUAAUAAAAAAACAAAAACAAAUAAUAAAUGUGAUUAUCCAUUG